CAUUUAGACUAAUCCAAAGUGAAUUUGACAACUUCCGUUUGUUCGAUCUAAGCUUUUGAUUGGUUUUUAUUACUGAUCACGUGAUAUUAUAGUCAAGAUGGAGGUGAAUUAGUUUGAAAUUAAAAAUAUUGAUAUUAAUUUCGACUAUUUUGCAAACCGCAAGUCGUGAAAGAUUGAAAGACAUGGACCCAAAUUUGCAACAGAUUGUGUCAAAACUGUGUUUAGCAGUGGAGACGGUUAUGAACCCAGUGGUUUGUCAGUCAGACCGAUUAGCCGCCCACCAGAUCUGUGAAGACUUUAAAGACAAUUCACCAUAUUGUGUUCAAGUUGGUAUCAGUAUUUCAUCUAAAGAGUAUUCACCUGUUAUUCGUCAUUUUGGUUUACAACUCUUAGAACACUGUAUAAAAUUUCGAUGGAUUAACUUAUCCUUUGAUGAAAAACAAUAUUUGAAACAAAAUUCUUUACAGUUGUUAGACACCGGUACAAAGUAUCUUUUAGAAGAAGAACUCCAUGUGAAAGAUGCUAUAUCAAGAAUUGUUGUAGAAUUAAUGAAGAGGGAAUGGCCACAGAAUUGGCAAUCAUUAAUGACUGAUUUACAUAACAUAUCUCAACAUGGGGAAACUCAAACAGAAUUGGUAUUAAUGGUGUUCCAUAGAUUGGUUGAAGAUGUUGUUGCAUUCCAAAAUGUCCCCAAUCAACGAAGACGAGAAAUAUUGCAAUCAUUAACAGCUCAAAUUAGUCAAUUAUUUCACUUCUUUCUAACUUUAUUAGAAACACAUGCUGCCCAGUAUAAACUACUAGUAGCAGAAGGAAAGGAAAGAGACAGCUUAGCUUUAAAUCGUGUCAGCCAAUCAGUACUCAUGACAUUGACUGGUUUUGUAGACUGGGUUAACAUGUCUCAUGUUGUGGAGAAUAAUGGUAGACUAUUACAGUUAUUGUGUUUAUUACUGGAUGAUAGUUCUUUACAACUUCAUGCUGCAGAAUGUUUGUUACUUGUAGUUAGUAGAAAGGGAAAGUUAGAAGAUAGAAAACCAAUUUUAAUCCUGUUUAGUGAAGGUGCCAUGUCUACCAUUCUUACUGCAGCAAUAGCUGCAGAGAAAGCGUCUCUAGAUGAGUAUUAUUAUCUCUUCUUAAAACGAUUAUGUCAAGUUCUCACAGAAAUUGGUAAACAACUAGUUGCAUUAUGGGGAACAGAUCCUGAAGUAGGGGUUCCUCCUAAUUUCUCCACAUAUUUAGAAGCUUUAUUAGCUUUUACUGUACAUAAAAGUCAGAUGUUAGGAAGUUUUACUCAGACCCUAUGGGCAUUAUUUUUACGUCAUGAACAUAUCUCAAAAGAUGAAACUCUAGUGUCCUUUAUACCUCGUGUUGUGACGGCUGCUACACAGUCAUUGUUAAAGGUUGGAUAUCCUAGUCAGAAUAAUUAUCCAAGUUGUGCCUACAGUAAAUUAGAUUUUGAUAGUGAUGAAGAAUUUAAUAUGUUCUUUCCAAGAUAUAGGGCAGAGGUAGCUGAUACAGUGAGAUUAGCAACAUUAUUACAACCUAAAUUAACCUUUAGUAUAGCUUAUGAUUGGUUAAAAACUCAACUACAAAAACCUCUUGAUAUUGGUGAAGUUGGAGUAGAGAAGGGAAUCUGUAAUCUAAGUUCACCAUCUUUUUUGGAGUGGGAUGCUUUAGGUGUAUUUUUAGAGAGUGUUAUGUUACGAUUGAUGGCGUCUACAAACGAUAAACCUGAUACAACGGAAGGAAUAGAAUUAUUACAGAGAGUCUUAGUUUAUCAAACUCAGGAUCCGUUAAUACUGUCCUGUCUCUUGUCGUGUAUAUCAGCUCUAUUUCCUCUAUUGUUGUAUACACCAGAAACUAUUCCAGUUGUAUUAGACAAGAUUUUUGGUGCAGUGAUAUUCAAUCUACCCGGUCAAACUAAAGGUACCAGAAGUCGUGCUGUUAAAAAUGUCCGUCAACAUGCGUGUUCAAUAGUGGUUAAAAUCUGUAAACAGUAUCCUGCUCUUAUAUUUCCAGCGUUUGAUAGCCUAUACAGUCAUAUUAAAUUAAUAAGCAACGAUCCAGAACAACUUUCACAGAUGGAGAAAACUAUUCUAGUUGAAGCUAUUAUGUUAAUUAGCAAUCAAUUCAACGAUUUUGAGAAGCAAUCAGCAUUUAUUAAAGAAAUCCUUUCACCGGUCCACGAACUUUGGACAUCAAAAGAAUUUACUCAGGCAUUUUUAGCACCAGAUAUAUUUAUGUCAUAUGUGGGUUUGGAUCAAGCUGCUGUAGAACCAAGUUCAGCUGAUACUUGUGGUAUUAAUAGAUCUCAUAUCAGUUAUUGUAUACACACGAUGUUGGGUGUUUUAAAAAGAAGUAAAUGGCCAGAUGAUUUACAGGCUUGUCAAAGAGGAGGUUUUGUGAUUGGAACGUCAAAUGUAACAGGAAGUCCUAUAUUAAGAAAUCCAGCUACAUCUCAUAUUUUAGCCUUGCUAAAUAAUCUUAUCACGUUGUUAAAAACACAAAAUGGUUUAUGGUUACCAGAUUAUUUAAGACUUCGACAUCCAGAUUUUGAAAAGGCGUAUGAUUUACUGGAAGUCGAUAAGCUGGCCAUCUUAGGUAAAAAUGGCAUACCUCCACCAUGUAUAGAUAAUACAGAUUCUACAACAUGUAAACAACCAUUAGCUAGAGUUAAAAGUUUUCUUGGUAUGAUUCAUGAUAACAGUUAUCAUAUAUUAGGUAAUGCUGGUCAAUGCCUAGGUUAUGAGUUUUAUUCAGCAUCAAAUAUCAUCACAUUUCUACAAGACAGUGUAUUCUCUUAUCAGGAAUUUAUACCAGAUUAUAGAUUACGUCCAGUUAUUCGUGUCUUUAUGAAACCGUUUAUAUUAAACUGUCCUAAAGAUUGUUACACAUCAGCAGCUCUACCAUUACUCAUCAAAUUAUGUCCUUAUAUGUUACAGAGAUUAUCAGGAAAAUGGCAGAUUAUUAAUUCUAGGUUUCAAAUAGGAAUUGAGCAUGAUGAUGAUAAUCCUGAAUCUCAAGAAGUUUUAGAAGAUCAGUUGACACGACAGUUAACCAGAGAAUAUAUUGAAUUAUUAGCAUAUGGUUUAACAAAGAAAUCUCAUUCCGAUGCCCAGACAGAUGAUAUAGGAAUGGAGGACACAGAAAUAACAAAACCCACUCCACAUAAAGAAGAUAGUUUAAGUGAACUCGGACAUUUAUGUAUGAAAACAGAUGCAUUAUUUCCAUCUAUGUUAUUCUGUAUAUUUAAUGGACUAUCUUGGAAUGAUACAAUGGUGUGUCAGAGAUGUUUUAGUUUAUGUUGGCCAAUGGUCAAACAGUUGUUAUUAGAUGGUGUUAUGACAAGUGAAGCAGCUGUUUUUGUAUUUAGUUCCGUAUUAUCAGGUUUACAAUUACAUGGUCAACAUGAAGGAAGUCAGGCCAAUCUUCUUAAUCUGGCUCUCCAACUGUACGAAGCUUUACGUCCCCAGUUUAUUGAAGUUAAAGAGAUUUUAAUACAGAUUCCUAAUGUAUCAAAACCAGCAGUUGAAAAUUUUGAUGAUAAAAUUCUCCAGUCAUGUCCACAGAAACAACUACCUGAAAAAAAGAAGAAAGAAGCCCUGAAGAAUAUUGUAUUUGAGAUUAUUGGUAAAAAUCUAGGUCAACAAUUUAGGCGAGAAGUACACUAUAAAAACCUGCCACCAUUAUUUAAACCAAGACGGAAAAACAACACCUCCAUUGUGGAAAGUGAAAGUAGUGGAAAAGAUAUUGGACUUUGUUCUCUGUUCCAACCAAAUUCAGAUUGACCAGUGGUUCCAUGAUUUAUUCAAGGAGAACGAAAUCAUUUUUUAUUUCAUCGAUUUCAUGUUUAUCAUUGACAUUGUUAUGAUGUUUCAAGACUGGGGGUUGGGGGAAGCA